CACACACAGGGGCCAAGCCCAACUGCAAGGAAGCUCGUUGUCAUGGCAACCAGAGAAAGCAAAAGCCUUUCCUGCAAGAGAAGCCUGAGCCGGGAGAGUGAAAAUAAAAGGAAUGGUCUCAGGAUUUACUGUGCAGCCCCCCAGUACUGCAGGAACCCCGAGAAGAAUCCCGUGCUGGGGGGGAGCAAAUUGAUUCAUAAAUACAGAGAAAGGAAUUGCGGCGGCUGAAGAUCGCCCCGAUUAUAUCCCCCCCCCCACACACACAGACGUGAUGUCCAAUAAGGCCCCCAGUGUCCAUACAGUAAGGAUCCAGCAGAGCUAUUGGGUGAAGGACACGGGUGAGGAGAGGCUGCUGCAGGCGGGGGCAGUUCUUGUAGCCAGAGAGGUGAGCCAAGUGGACUACUACGACACGGACACGUAUGAACUUGCCAUGAAUAAGACGUGGCUCAGUAAGAGCGGGGGCAAAUGGCAGCUCAUUAUAGACCAAAGUGGGACGGCGACUACAGAGGAAAAUACAGACAAAGCCGAGGCAGGCAGGACAGACGGACAGAGUGAGGGCAAGUACAAUGAGAAAGCCACAAAGGCCACUGAUCAGACGGGCACCAGCCCACUGGCAUGUUAUGAGCUGCUGGAUGAACAGGAGAUUGUAGCUCAUCUGUCUCUGGUUCUGCACAAUGAGCUGGGCACAGUGGCCCCCGGGCACGAGACUGGGCACAGACGAUCUGCAGGGACGACUCUCAGUGACUUUAUACAGACACACGGCAUCAGUCACUACUCCAGCUUCCACAACAUCACACGGGCCACCUACUCACUGAGGGGCACCUACACUGUUAUACUGAGUGCGGAGGAGGCUACUGGCCAACAAUACGCUCACAUUAGCCUCAAUGUGGAAAUCGAUGGCGUGACGCAAGGAUUCCAGCGAAUGGAACAGCUGGCCAGUGAACUGGACUUUCUGCCUCAGACUAAGGCAUAAGGGAAACAUCCACACUGUGGUUGAUCUAUACUGUGCCAACCACACACAUCCCCUCUAUACACAGCACCCAUGAACCCCCACACACACAUCCCCUCUAUACACAGCACCCAUGAACCCCCACACACACAUCCCCUCUAUACACAGCACCCAUGAACCCCCACACACAUUCCUCUAUACACAGCACCCAUGAACCCCCACACACAUUCCUCUAUACACAGCACCAUGAACCCCCACACACACAUCCCCUCUAUACACAGCACCCAUGAACCCCACACACACAUUCCUCUAUACACAGCACCCAUGAACCCCCACACACACAUUCCUCUAUACACAGCACCCAUGAACCCCCACACACACAUCCCCUCUAUACACAGCACCCAUGAACCCCCACACACACAUCCCCUCUAUACACAGCACCCAUGAACCCCCACACACACAUUCCUCUAUACACAGCACCCAUGAACCCCCACACACAUUCCUCUAUACACAGCACCCAUGAACCCCCACACACAUUCCUCUAUACACAGCACCAUGAACCCCCACACACACAUCCCCUCUAUACACAGCACCCAUGAACCCCCACACACACAUUCCUCUAUACACAGCACCCAUGAACCCCACACACACAUUCCUCUAUACACAGCACCAU